UAUAUAUAUAUUAUUACUUCUGGUGAUCAUAGGGUUCGCUGUAUAUGAAAUGCAAAAAAAGAAAAAAUGUGCUGCCUACAAUGAACAUCAUGAAGAUGAAGUGCCAUUGAUUCAGGUAAACUCACGCAUGUGGGAUGCCGUCGCUUCCAAUGAUGUUAAACUUGCCAAGUAUCUGCUGGAGAAUGGCGCCGACCCCAACGCCAAGGAAGAAGGGCAGACCGCGACCGCACUGACGGAGGCGAACAUCUUGGGCAGGACGGAAAUCGUGAAGCUUUUCCUCUCCCACUUGGAGAAAAAACGGGCUCCUCCUCCAAAUGCGCUCGUGGGAAGAUGCAUGGCGAUACUUCGUAAGAGACUGAAGGAAGUCUUCACCGCAGCCAAAAGUGGCAUGUACGACAGACAAGAAGGCGUUCAUGUGAAGCUCAAGGCCCACGACUUCCCAGCCACCAUAAGGGACCACAAGGGCCGCUCGUUGGUGCACUACAUUGCCAACGCCAAGUUCGACGACGAGGGACCAUGCUGGGAGGCGGUCGAUAUCAAAGCAUUUUUUGAUCAAGAGAAACCCUUUCCUAGCGCCAUAGACCACUGGGGUCAAACAGCCCUGCAUGUGGUGGCGAGCCUCACUCCGAGGGCUCCGGGGGCCAGGGUGGUGUGGGGCGGGAGGACGUGCACUGUGGCGGAGGCGUGGCUUGAAGUGGCUCGCCUUCUCGUGGAAAAAGGAUGCGACCCGAGGAUAAAGGACCACCGAGGCCAAAUUGCCUCGAAUAUCGCAAAGGGGAACAACAGCUUGAAAUUGGCUGAUUUUUUGGAAAACGAGAGCGAGGCACGAGGAGAGAUCGAUAGAAAAUUCGCCAAGAGCAAGUUUCCCGAUCUAGUGAGGGCGACCCGGGAGGGAAACACGGGCCGCAUGAUGCAGCUGCUGAUGGAGAACGUCCCCACACUCCCGAUGGCUGCCGAAGAAGACCCUCUGAAAGAAGCUCUUCGCUACAGACGCCGCGACGCGGUCUUCUUACUUCUAGCAGCCGGAGCUCCCUUGUGUAACCAGUAUGUCUCACACCCAUCUGCUUUAGAGAUAUCCCAUCACAUGGUUGAACAACCUGCUUUGUUCCCAGCAAUCAUGAGAAAGGCCUAUGUGGACAGACUAGCCGAUGAAGAGGAGAGAGCUAGAAGUAGCGAUCAUCCGAUCGCUUCCUUUAUAAAUAAAUUGAAGUCCCAAGUCAUGGAAAUUGGAGAUGAAGCACAUCCGACAUUUGAAGGAGACCUUGCUGCGAAAGCUGAUGAAGUGAAAAAGCUGCUUCUGGAGGCUGCUGGCCUUGGCCUUUCAUUAACCUGUCAGAUGUUAAGUCAAGAAGAUUUGUGCUUUCAUCGCAUUUUAAAAGAAGAGACUCCCCUUGAAAAGGCACUUCAGGCAGGCCAUCACGACACAGCAUAUGCGCUGUGUAGAGAUUUGUGGUUGACGCCAUAUACCUGCCAGAAAGGCCAGAAUGCACCCACAGAGUUACUAGAUGACUUAAAGGAGAGAGAUUUGGUAAUAUUUGAACUCGUUUGUAAGGAUAAAGAAUCCACUUACGGGAAGGAAUUAUGUGAUCAAAUAAAGACGAGUGUAUCAGAGGGUGCUCCCAUUAAGGAGGAAAUUCUUGACUUGGUUCUUUACUGGAUGGCUGAAAAUGGGCUAACAGCACUUCUCCAAGAGAGGAUAAAUGGUUUAAAUGUAAAUAAAGAGAUAUUCAAAUUUUCUAAAAGUACCAUGAUGCAUGUUGCGGCCUUAUCAGGUCACAGGAACGUAGUGGAAUACCUUAGAUAUAAUGGUGCAAGCUUUAUGGAAACCAUUGGUGGUUUUAAAGUUAAACACCUUGCAGCUAUGAGGAAAUGCAAAAACUGUUUAAUGUACAUCUGUAUGCUUGAACAUAACUUAGACCCCUGGUUGCCUGAAUAUGCCAGACUGAAAAACCUUUAUAAGGUAUCAAAUGUUGAACUGCAAGUUUUCGAAUUUUCACGAAAAGAUGUUCUUUCCGCUUUAAGUGAGCCUCUCUCUAAACAUCAGGCAUAUGAAUUGCUGAGGAAGAAAGGAGAAAUGCUGAAAAUAAGAACAUUUGCUGACUUACUACAUAUAGCAGAAAACACAAAUAACGAAGAUUUCAUAAAGAGAUUUUCUGAGAUUGUUCGUGCAAAACUUGAUGUCAUUUUGGCCAUGAUAAGAGAGAAAGAUUCAAGAUUUGCUGGAAAAUUAAGCUUAUCUGGAGCUCUUGCUGACGGAUAUGAAGUGACCUCUUUUGACACAGUAGAUACAAAUCUUGAAAUAGAGUCCUCAGAUGCUAAUCCUAAAGACCUAAACAUAACAAUAAAAGAGGAUGGAAAAAGCCUAGACAUAGAGACAGCUCCCUCAGAUUUUCUAAAUCCUCAGAACUUCACUACAGCGUUCAUGUCCCUCAUGGAAAAGGUUGUGGAGGAGCACACAUCCACUCAGAGGGAUCAGGUUCUGGUACUGGUACCUCCUUUUCUACUCCCAAGUGAGGACGGUGCUUAUCUCUUUUGGAUGUGGCGACGGGAAAAAACCGUGAGAUUUUUCAGAAUGAAUAUAAGACCCGUUGUGGAAGUAAAAGCUCCCGAGCACUUGGAAAGAAAUUUAUUUAAGAAAAGGAAUACCAAUAAGAGUGUUCCGUCAACCAUCUUCAUAUGCUUAAUGAAUGUUAGGAGAUAUUUGUACAGCUCUUACACACCCACAAAAUUAAUGAUGGAGAGUCUGUCUAACGAAGAAAGGAAAACAUUGUAUCUUUGUCGUUUCUUGAGCAAGAUGAUUUCCUUUCCAUGGUUGUACCAAAGGAUACAAGUACACCCCUUAUCUUCCCCAUGGCAAAAACCUAAGAGAAUUGCAGGACUUAAAACUCGAGUGUUAGACUCUCUCUUUCUGGAAGAACUCAAUGAAACAGCGCAGUCUGACUUCAAGCCUGACAAUAUCCAAGAAAGAGUGCGUUCUAUCCUCCAAAGAGGCACAGAGGAAGACAGUGAUGGCAUCCAGGUUGCCAGAAAAGAGAUCCGUCAUCUCUAUAAUCCCUCUUUACGUAUAUAUAACACAUCUCAGUCGGUCGAAGGCAUCAUCAGAUACCUUGACGGGCUUGUGUAGUCAAGUAUGUGCCUCAAAUACUAAUAUUUGCUUCUUAAUAUGCAAAAGAAAGAGAUUAAAAGAAAUGCUACCACAGUAAAUCAGCGCUAGAAUGUUUACCUGCAGCAGUGGUUUAUCAGUCAGUUUUGAUUUCAGGAAAAAUCCCAUUAAAUCUUAAAUCUCCUAGCAUCAUCGGUAGUGAUAAAUUAAAUUAAGAUAUCUGUAGUUAAACUCAUUUACAUUUAUGUACAAAAUAUAAGGCAUUUGAGACUUUUUGAGUAAACUUAUAAUUUCGAGCACUUCCCCGUUUGGGUGCUAAGGGGGUGCUUUUGAGGAUUCCUUCAGUCAACCCUUGCUUUGUAAGCAUGACCUUGCUGAGGCCUAUAUGACUAUUUGGGUAAUCAAAGAUAUCAAUAUUAGUAGUAAUAAUUAUAACAAUAAUGAUGAUGAUUCUGAUGAUGAUGAUUCUGAUGAUAAUGAUGAUGAUGAUACUAGUAGUGGUAAUGAUAUUGACAAUAAUGAUGGUUAUCAUAAUGAUAAUUAAGCAAUAACUAUGACUAGUGAAUUUAAAUUUUCAUAUCCAUCCAGGGAAGGAGGGGGAGGGGGGACUAUGUUCUAUGCAUAAAUAUGUAUUUUAAUUGCAUUAAGGCACACAUACGUGUCGUAGACACACAAAGGCAUUAUCACGUGAACAACGCGAGGGCAAAGCGGAUGCUACAUGAACGGGUGCAACAAACAAGCUGGGACGAGAUAUCAAAAAUAGAAUAACAUUGCGAGGAUUCGAGCGGACUCCAGACA